AUGUAUGUAGCUGCUGCAAUCCUCGGAAUCCAAGCAGAAGUCUCCCAAAAUCAGGUGAAGCACAUGAGGCUAUGGCUAUUUGAGUGCAGAGAGCCGAGCCAAGAUGCGUUCAGACUCGGUCUAGGUGCAGCCGCGAUAUUGGUGAUGGCUCAUGUCCUCAUCAAUUUGAUCGGAGGUUGUCUUUGUAUUUGCUCUCAAGACGAGUUUCAAAGAUCUUCGUCCACUAAGCAAAUCUCCAUGGCUUGUCUCGUCCUCACUUGGUACGUUACAUCCAAUACAAAUCUUCUUGGCAUUAACAUCAUUGUUGGUCCAAAGAUCGUAUUCGCCGUUGGAUUCGGGUCUUUGGUGAUUGGAACGAUGUCGAACAGCAAGUCAAGAUCCUCUUGUGGAUUCACACAUCACCAUUUUCUCUCCAUUGGAGGGAUCUUGUGUUUUCUACAUGCCCUCUUUUGUGUCGCUUAUUACGUUUCUGCCACUGCGGCCAAAGACGAAGCUAAGUGA